CAGGAUGUCGUCUCGGGCGCAGCGCAGUGGGUUUUCUGAAGGCUGCGGCGCGUGCCGCAUGCCAACACCGGCGGUGACCUCGUACGACCCUAUUAAAAUAAGAUACAUCGUCAAUCCCACGUAGUCACCAGAAGACGCCAUGAGGUUCAUCUACACGUGUUUGUGCUUCGCCUCUGUGCUGAAGAUCGUCCUGCCGGCGCCGGCGGACGGUUUCGUGUUCCCGGAUGAUCGGAGACAGGAAAAGAAAUUGGAGCCUGUGAUCACUCCGCCUGUUCUGCCAGUAUUGGAACAUUUGGAGCGUGAUCCGAGUACUCUGCUGCCUCAUGAGAGGCGAGCUGCGGGACCUGGCCAAGUUAAGCCAAGGUUUGGCUUUGGUGGAGGUUUCAAUGUGGCUCCUUCAGGGACUGGAGGUCUGACAGCGAGUGUUAGCAGCAGUGCAAAUGGUUUGGGUACGAGUCAGUCCGCGUCCCAGUCGUUUUCGUUCGGGUUCAAUGAAGGGUUCAGCGCAUCGCACUCCGCCAGCCAAGCGUCGUCGUUCAAUGGAUUCGGAAGUGGCUUUAGCGGCAGUCAAGCAAGCAGUCAAGCGGCUUCAUUCAGCGGUUCUGGUCUGUCAGCAUCAGGUGCUGCUUCAUCAGCUUCGGCCCUUGGAGGUGGUUUUGGAGGUGGUUUCGGAGGUGGAAGCCAAAGCCAGAGUGCAUCCUCUGCUUUUGGAUUUAACUCUUUAAAUGGAUUCCAACAACAACCUUAUUUCGGCGACGGUCUGUUGGAUGUUAGACACAGAGGCAUCCCCAACUUCCCUUUCCCCGAUUUUGUGGGCAGAAGUAAGGGGGUAGGCGCAGCAGCAUUCCGAAGUGGAAAAGCUGGUCCUUCAUCAAGAAAUAAAAAGGAUUUCUUGGCAGUUCUAGUCUCCGAUUAAACGACACUAGAUGGUAGUAUAAAAUAACUUUUAUAGGGGGAAAUGACGAAUAAAAUGUCAUAAGUCGAGAUUUUAAUUGAUCUGUAGACAUUGUGUCACAGAACAAAAUAGAGAUGCAGAUAUAAAUUGUCUUGUAAAAAAGCAUAAAUUUUAACUUUUUUAUAAUUAUGUGUCUUGGUUGAAGUUUCAUCAAUCUAUCUAUAAAGUCACCAAUUUAAAACAGCUACGUGACUAUCAGAUCUUAUUAUAAAUCUCGAUUUACGAAUUUAUGAUUCCAAUCGAAUGAAGUCUCUGUAAAUUUUAUAGGAAAAUAACUUAGUUAUAAUUUAUUUAUUUUGUAAUUUAGCUACAUAGUGAGUAUGUCAAAGCAAUAACUACUUUAUGUAGAGUAUUUUGAGAGUAUAAAAUAAAAUAAUUUGGACCAAAGUGUUUAAGCAAAUGUUUAGUAGUGCCAUUUUCAAUUUUAUACACACGUACAUAAAUACUUACAUCGUCGAGCCGUUUUUUUUUUAAUUUAUUCAAAUUAAUUAAUAUAAAGAUGCUUCAUUAAAUACGAACUGCCUUGUGCGUAAUUUAUUUAAAUUAGUCAUUAUUAUAGUUGGAACUUUAACGACUUUUUUAUUGUCUACGACUUAAAGUGAUCGUUAUAAAAAUAGAUAACAUUUAAAAUCUUGUCAAUUAAAAUUAAGGACAACAUUUUCUCAAGCUGCUGCAAAUACGUAUUUCUUUGUCUUUUCCUAAAGGUUUAAAUAAACCUAGUAAGUAUCCACAUUGUCACAAACACUGUUGAAAAACAAUAUUAUGAAUUGUUAUACAAAGAAUUCUGAAUUAUACUACAUAUGUGUUUAAGGUUUCAAUUCAAUAAUACGUAACUCUCCGAGAAAAUUUAAAUGGUAUCAAAAUAACUUAUUUUGUUAUUGUCGAAAAUAAGGAAACGAAUAAAAAAUAAAGAGUAGUAUUGAAGAGUGACUGACCAAAAAGUAUUUAAUACAAAAAAUAAAUGUACGUAUAAAACUACUUUCAAUCCUUGAAAGAGUUGAAAGUAGUUUAGGUACAUUUUUGUGAAUAACAGGAAAUCGAUUACUUAUUCUUAUUUUAUUGCCAAGGUUUGUUUCUGUAUACUUUCAUUGUAUAAUAGGUACAUGAUACCAACAUGAAUGUUAAAUAAUAUCAAAGAUACGUUUAACACAUACUUAAGUCUUGGACUGCUUAUUUAUUGAUUUAUUAUUUAAGUUGAUAUGGUUUUAUUAAUUUCAUUAUUUUGUAAAAUAAAAACGGUA